UAUUUGAAACUAAUACCAAAACAAAACUGAAAAAAGUCUUAAAUGUGUGAUUAACAGGAUCAAGAUUCCGCCUUCGAUGGUUUACACCAACCACUGAAGUAGAUCUGUGCGGUCAUGCCACUCUGGCCUCUGCAGCAGUGCUAUUCCAACACAUCAAAAAUGUAAAUCCCACCCUGGUGUUUGAGACCAAGAGUGGAGAUCUGCACGUCACCAAGAAGGAGGAAGGGUACAUCAUGGACUUUCCUCUGAAUCCCCCCACCCGAGUGGAACCCAACGACUUCAAAGACACCAUCAAGGCGGCAGUCGGAAACCUCCCGGUUCAGGAAGUUUUAUUUUGCUACAACACCAAGAAGCUGCUGAUUCGACUGGCUGACAGCUGUGACAUCUCCGCGCUUACCAAUCUGAAAGUUGACACUGUGGCUCUUGAGAAUACUGAGAGAAGUGGAAGAUUCUGCGCCGUCAUCGUCACUAUGAAAGGAUCACCAGACUGCCAGCCAGGAUAUGACUUCUAUUCGAGAGACUUUUCUCCAUGGGUUGGAGUCCCUGAGGAUCCUGUCACUGGAUCUAACCACACAGUCCUAGGUAGCUACUGGUCUGAAAAACUAGGAAAGAAGAAAAUGCUGGCUUACCAGUGCUCCAGUCGUGGUGGCGAGCUGGAACUUGAACUGAGAGAUGAUGGAAGAAUCAACAUAGCUGGACAGGCCAUCACUAUUCUGCAGGGAACAAUCAAACUGUAGGCUGAGACAUCCAAGAAGACAGUGUCUGAUGUUCUAUCACAACCGUUGUGUCCCUGCAGAUAGACACUUUGUGGCUCUUGAUUAAAAAUGAGAUGGCUCAAAUAAAAAGAAAAAACACACUCAA